UCAGCGGUUAUUUCGGUUAUCCUGGCGGCGCUGUGACGUCACUGAGGCAGGAGCCAGCAGAGGAGAGGUUCGCUGCCCCAUGUCGCUCUGAAACACAUCCCGAGUGCACCUCUGCCGGGACAUUUAUAGCCUCGGGCUGGAACACAAUAAGACGCUAAUAGUGUCCCCGUGUGUCUCAGCAGUGACUGACCACAGCUCGAGCUGCAGAGGAGGGGGUCCCAGUGUGGCGGCACAGAAGCCAUGGGGAAGGACUACUACAAGACCCUGGGCAUCCCCAAGGGCUCCAAUGAGGAGGAGAUCAAGAAGGCUUACCGGCGCAUGGCGCUGCGCUUCCACCCCGACAAGAAUAAGGAUGCCAACGCCGAGGAGAAGUUCAAAGAGAUCGCCGAGGCCUACGAGGUACUCAGUGACCCAAAGAAGAGGGUCGUCUACGACCAGCUUGGAGAAGAAGGUUUGAAAACAGGAAGCGGCAGCUCUUCUGGUGCUCCAGGCAGCUCAUCCUACCACUACACCUUCCAUGGAGAUCCCCACGCCACCUUUGCAUCCUUCUUCGGUGCCUCCAAUCCCUUUGACAUGUUUUUUGGUUCGAACCGCCACAGUCGCUCCAAUGGCUUCUCCUUUCACAAUGAUCACAGCAACGAAGCAGAUCAGGAUAUGGACAUGGAUGAGGACGAGCCACUUGGGCAUUUUGGGAGACAGUUUGGCUUUCCCGCUGGGAUGAAUAAUGGCUUCCCAGGUGAGGGUCGCAGGAGGAGGGGCGUACCGUCAGAGCGCCUGGGGACCGGCCGAAAGCAGCAGGACCCUCCGGUGAUUCAUGAGCUGAAGGUCUCACUGGAAGAGAUCUUCCAAGGCUGCACAAAGCGCAUGAAGAUCACCCGCCGCCGGCUGAAUCCGGAUGGACGGAGCAUGAGGACAGAGGAUAAGAUCCUCAACAUUGUCAUCAAGAAGGGCUGGAAGGAGGGCACCAAGAUUACGUUCCCUAGGGAGGGGGACGAGACUCCCGAGAACAUUCCCGCUGACAUCGCCUUUGUGCUUAAAGACAAAGGCCACGCCCACUUCAAGAGAGAUGGUUCCAACAUCAUCUAUAACUGCAAGAUCACUCUAAAAGAGGCGCUGUGCGGCUGCACGGUUAGCAUUCCCACACUGGAAAACCGCAUCAUCUCCCUACCUUGUCAUGACAUCAUCAAGCCAGGGAUGGUGAAACGACUCAGAGGGGAAGGCCUGCCACUGCCUAAGAACCCGUCGCAACGUGGUGACCUCAUCGUAGAGUUUUCGGUGCGUUUUCCUGACAGGAUCCCCCCUCAGUCCAAGGAGAUUAUCAGACAGCACCUCCCCCAGUCAUAGGAGGACCCCUCCCAUCCUUCAGCUCUCCACUCAGUCGGUCAAACGUACUCGCGCACACCCCCCACUCGGCCGUUCUGUUGAAGGCUUCCCCCUCAUGCUGCCAUGCACAAAUGCACACACCAUUAAGCUGUCUGUGGAAAUGUCACAGUGGGGCAGUGACUGACUCCGGGAUGAACAAGUGAAAUCAACAUCAUGAUUAUUUGGUUUGUAUUUUGGCCCAAACCCGAUGCGGUGCAGUGGCACUGGUGGCUUCAGCACAGUGUUUGCUUUUCCUUCUUUUCUUGUGUGUUUUUACAGUUUUCUGUCCCAUCCAGCUCUCUUACCCUCAUCCACCUUUUUGUGAUAUGAUGACGUGUGAAGUAUUUUUAAAAAGCAUUGUUUUCUGAGAUUUUGUUUUCCAAAAUGAUGCUUCAGGCAGAAUUAUUUAUUACAUGCAGCGUGUUCAGUACAUAGUCCGGGCUUGCCAUAUCUCACCCUGCCCGCUUCUUUUCUCGUGCUUUAAGUCUAAUGAAGCCGUUAUGCUUGAAGUCUUUGUUCAGCUUCAUGCUGCAGACACCUAAAAGUUGUUCAUUUGCCAAAUGAUAAUAGUAUUUCUCAGCUGUGUCGGAAAAUCUUGGAAUGACAAUCAAAUAACCGAAAAGCAGGAUGUUUUCGCUGCACAAAAUAAGGGUGCUUUCUCUCUGAGCUAUGCGGCUGAUCUGAGCCUGGCUCACCCUCUGUAGAACAGUUAGGUGCCUUAGCCCAGUGUCAUAACACACAUAACACUCUACUAUCCAACCAGCCAUAUUAGUUUCCCUAAUGACCACGCCCUAUGCUGUAUGACAUCACCACUGGGUGCUGAUCAUUUCAAAGUCAAAACCAGGACGUAAACAAUGUCAUGUACUUAAGAAAGGAUGAACAUUGACUUUUUAUUAAUAAAUAAAUAAAUAAGUGGAAGAAUUUUUGCCAGUGCACCCUUGCAAAGUGCUGCACAGUACAGGUUGGAUUUGCCAGAAGGAUAACGUGAUUUUUAAUCUCUGGGAAGUUCAUCUUUGUUGUGUAAAUUCUGCUUUUACUUGUGCCAUUCAAAAGGCAUGUCUUGGUGCUAAUGUCCUGUGUAACAUCUGCAUGUCAAACUUUACAUUAGAGGGUUUUUUGAAUGUAUGUCGAAGAGGUUUUGUGAUUUUUUUUUUUUUGCAGGAGCCUGUAAAAACUGUCCAUCUGUUUCUACUGUAGUUUAUAGUGACAUCGAUGUGUGGUUUCUGCAUCUGUCCCUUUUACAUUGUACUCUGUGUAUGCAGUACUGUGCAAAAAUGAUACUGUAAAAAUACCCCCCCCCCAAAAAA